AUGAAACAGAACUACUGGGAUGUCAGCGACAUUCUUGCCAGUUCAGAGAAGAUCCCCACCCGAUUCAACUUCACUGUACCAGGAAUUGGUCACUUAGAUAAUCAACCAGGAAAAGCCAUUAAGAAAGAUACAAAAGUCGAACUCCCGUUUUGGCUAGCUCAAUCAUUAGCAGUAGCACCAGUAAGUGGUGAUGCAAGUAUUAUAAUGUUGCUUGCUCCAGAUGCAUUGAACAACACAGUGCAAAAUGCCAUUAAAUCGGAUCCGGUAUCCAUCGACUUACACUCCAUUGCUCCAAAUUUUUAUAUACUUGCUGAGAGAUGGUGUGCCCUAUUCACCGAUGAGGAGCUUAGUGAGACUCUUAAGAAGUUAUGUAAAGAAAGGGCUUAUGAAAUCAACAAUUUUGCUAGCAAUACUUCCAAACAGAUAAAUAACAACUUUAUCUUGUCGUUGGAUGAAUUUGAAAAAAAGUUGUACAAAAGGACUAUGGAGUCCAACAGAAAUUUAAGAGACUGGCUUAACGAUCAGGCAUGA